AUGAACCAUCCGAAGUUUAUUCCAGAAGCUUGCAAGAAUGAACCCAAAACUUCCCUAACUCCAGGCGAAAACAGCCGGUUCCGUGAUCCUCUAGCAUGGACCAAGCUCCGCAAUGCCUGCGUCCCCGCUUGUGUGCCUCUGCCCGAGUGCUGCUUCAGGGAUCCCCCGGUUGGCGAGGUGACUCUACUGUAUGCCUUUCUUCACAUUAGACACAGCUUGAAAUAUUUUGAUAAAAUGAGAUGCUUGCGGAAACGAUCAGCAGUGUCGUUCUUAGGAGUCCUUGUCAUUUGCUUGCUGUUCAUGAACUUGUACAUUGAAGAUGGUUAUGUUUUGGAAGGGGACAAGCAAUUAAUCAGAGAAACAGCCACGCACCAGCUCAACCCAGAGCGCUAUGUUCACACUUUUAAAGAUUUGUCUAAUUUCUCAGGAUCUAUAAACAUUUCCUAUCGCUACCUAGCUGGCACGCCUUUGCCAAGGAAAAGGUAUCUUACAAUUGGGCUAUCCUCUGUGAAACGGAAAAAGGGAAACUACUUGCUUGAGACCAUCAAGUCCAUAUUUGAGCAGUCAAGUUAUGAGGAACUCAAAGAAAUUGCAGUGGUAGUGCAGCUGGCAGAUUUUGACUCAGCCUGGUGUGAAGGGAUGGUCCAGGAUAUUUCACAGAAAUUUGCACAUCACAUAAUUGCGGGCAGAUUAAUAGUUAUUCACGUCCCUGAGGAGUAUUACCCUGUACUGGAUGGCCUCAAGAGAAAUUACAAUGACCCAGAGGACCGUGUGAAGUUUCGAUCCAAACAAAAUGUAGAUUAUGCUUUCCUUCUUAACUUUUGUGCUAAUCUUUCCGACUAUUACGUGAUGCUAGAAGAUGAUGUUCGCUGCUCAAAGAAUUUUUUGACUGCUAUUAAGAAAGUAAUUACCUCACGAGAAGGAUCCUACUGGGUGACUUUGGAAUUCUCCAAACUGGGGUACAUUGGAAAGCUUUACCAUUCCCAUGACCUCCCACGCCUGGCCCAUUUUUUGUUGAUGUUCUACCAAGAAAUGCCUUGCGAUUGGCUGCUCAUCCACUUUCGUGGGCUGUUAGCUCAAAAGGAGGUGAUACGUUUUAAGCCAUCUCUGUUCCAGCACAUGGGAUACUACUCGUCUUACAAAGGAGCUGAAAACAAGCUAAAGGAUGAUGAUUUUGAAGAGGAAUCGUUUGAUAUCCCUGACAACCCACCUGCAAACUUGCACACCAACAUGAAUGUAUUUGAAAACUAUGAGGCAAGCAAGGCUUACAGCAGCGUUGAUGAGUACUUCUGGGGCAAAGCUCCUUCUACUGGCGACUUCUAUGGGAUUGUAUUUGAAAAGCCCAUUAAAAUCAGUAAAAUUAAAGUUGUCACUGGAACUGAAGAUCGGCAAAAUGACAUUUUGCAUCAUGGGGCCCUGGAAGUAGGAGAAAAGAUUGUAGGGAGUAAAAAAGGGAGACAAUGUACUACUUACUUGAGACUAGGGGAAUUCAAAAAUGGGAAUUUUGAAAUAACAGAUGUAGAGCACAAAGUUCUGUUUGAUAUUAACUGCAUGAGAAUACUUGUUACCAAAAGUCAAAAAGAAUGGUUGAUUAUUAGGAGCAUUAGCAUCUGGACUUCUCAAACACCAAAUCAAUAA